AUGACAGCAUUCACGCUCAAGCUUUUCACAAAUCCAUCUUCAUUAGUCAUUCUGAUUCUUUACAGUUCUCUCAUCAAUAUCACACAAACCAUCACCAUCGUUCAACCAACAAUUCCCAAAUAUACAGAAUUAUACUUAACAUAUUCACAAACAGUAUCAUGUGAAUGUCAACAAAUAUCCAUAACUUAUCAAAAGUUUCUUCAAAUCAAAUAUACAUUUCAUCAAAUAUGUUAUAGAAUUUUCAUUACUCAAGAUUGGAUUAAUUAUUUCCUUUGGUACAAUUCACAAAGUACAUUAACUAAAAAUGAUUUUCGUUUUACUAGCGCGAAUAGAUUUCAAUCAUUGAAUACAUUUUGUGAUUUAGUCAAUCAAACUAUCAAUAAUCAUCUAACUCAGUUCUAUUCCAAUCAAUAUGUCACUGCAUCAGUUGUUCCUUCAUUUACAUUCGAAUCUCAAAUUGAUUCAUCUAUCUCUCAAUUCAUUUCUUCAAUGACGAAUGACUUUUUAUCAUCACUUUCGACAGCACGACAAAUGAUACAAAACUCGUCCACUUCCUAUGUAUACUCAUUUGCACGAUGUUUUGGUAACUGUUCGUGUGCAACAGAGCUGGGAACAGGCCACUUUUUUCUGGCUUGGGCUGGCCUGGCAGGCCAUCAGGCACCUGUAACAGGCCAAGUGUAA